GUUGAGGUUGCAGCAGGUUUUGAGAGUGUGUUUUGUUUUGUUUGCUCUAUCUACAAUUGAUAUUUACAUCAAAAUUAAAACACUACUUUUCAUUGUUACAAGUGGCACCUUUAAUACACACACAGUUUAAGCACCUACGUAUACAAAUUUAACACAUUUACAUUCAUUUGGCUCACAGAAUAAGUUAUAAAAAGCGGUUAAAAGAAGUUAUUGUGAAUCUGUAUGCAGUUCGGCGUUUAACAACUAAUUAAAAAAUAAUCCUUUAAAAAACCAUCUUUUGCUCGACGUUGAGAUUUGACAUCCAAGUCACAACGUUUUAUUUGCGAUCGGAAACUUCAUAGUGAUUGCCCCCAACAACAACGGCAACAUAGUGUGCAAAAGAGUUACAACACCUUGUCUGAGGACAUGUUUGUGACCUAAAUUCAACAACCCCACACACAACCAGCUGAUACCUACUUGCGCAAAAGUAGCACAAACCAUAAAACGAAAAAAGAUAUAAAUUAAAAAAACCGUGAAGGUCACCAGAUUUUGAACGCGGUGCGUUCUUGGUGUGUGUGUGUGUGUGUGAAUUCAUGUGUAUAGCUGUAGGUUGAUUAAGAGAUAAAUCUAGUAUGUUCAUGUAUAACGCUUCAGAAGUUUAUGGAAAAUCGCCCGAAAUGCACCAGUCUAAUCAAUUCUUGAAUGACAACGGAAUUAAUACCAGCAACAACCGCAACCACAACAACAACAAUAGCAAUAGCAACGUCAUCAAUGAACAUAAUUUAAGACAUUGCAAUAAUGACAAUGCAUUUACCUACUUUAAGAACGGAAGUGUAUUUGGUCCAGUCUGGAACUUGAAGAGCCCAAGUCGUGCAUCCAAUCGCAGUCCAUCGAAAAAUACGAAGGUGUCAAGACAAAUAAAUAAAACUUACUACUCAGUACCUGGAACGGAACAAGUACCCUAUUCCAAUGCAUACCCCAAUUCGUUUGCAUCGCGAAAGACGACAACUACUACGACGACGGCCAACAACAAUAGCCACGUCUAUCAGCCGCUACGUUUGCAGCCCACAGAGUAUUAUAAAGCACCCGUCCAGCAAAAGGCCCGACAUGGAUAUGGACAUAGUAAUAGCGCGCCCAACAAUCAUGAUUUGGCACACUAUACGCAGGCAUCCCUUGAAAAGGAUCAACUCAAGAGGCAGCUAACAGCUCGAAGUACAUGCGAAUAUUUGGAUGAUGCUUCAACGUACUCCCACAGCCAUAGAGCUCCCGGACUGGAGCAAAGCUGGGAUAAUACGAUCUCUGACGGUCCAGGAUUUCAAUCAGCAGAUCAGCACUACGAGCAUUAUUUUUCAUAUUUUUACAAUCGUGGUCCAGAGAAGUCACAUAAAUCAAAAACAAAUACUAUACGAACUUAUCAACCACAAAUGAGCUUAGUACAAGAGACAACGAGUAAACGCUCGUCGAGAAGGCCCGUAGCCCACAAUGAUAAUAAUCAAAAUAUAGAAUAUGAUAGUUAUUUACUGAAGGAAAACAGUGAACUGCCAUUUGGGUAUAAUGAUAGUGAUUGGAUUGAUUUCCCCAUCGACCGGCUGGAGAAAUCUUCAAUUAAAUUAAUUAAUGCUAAAGAUGUUUAUGAGCCAAAGUCUCCCAACGAUGAACUGUUCAAUGAGAGUACACAACGUCGAUGCGUUAAACUGGGCGAUAUUCAUGAAAUAACCAAUAAAGGUGAAUCCGUGACAGUUAAAAGCAAUUUAACAAAGAAAACACUUAAAGCCAAUGAACCUCUGCCAUUACCGCGUCUGCCACUGACGCCCAAAAGAAUUCGAGGCGGACAAGCAUCCGCUAAGAAGGCAUUGCCCACUGUCCAUCGAGUUCUCUUAUAUAAUAGUCAGAGUCCACGCUCGGCACGUAAGCAUCAUCAGUCGUCUAAUUUCCGCAGCCAAAACGUAAAGCCCAACCCUCAACCCAAAGGUCAAUCUGCGGUUGCCGAUCAGCUCACUAGUUAUAUAGUAGAAGAUCAAGAUGAGAAGGGCCACGAGUUUCGUGAUGCUGAUUUUGAUAAUGAUGACGAUUUAGAUAACAUCUCGAAUUUCGAUGAGAGCGAAACAGUUAGCAUCAGCUCUGAUACUGAAGAUGGGUAUAGGGCGCAUGCAUAUAAGCUGGCACACUCGGGCGAGCGGUUUUUAUCCCCAUCCAAAGAAUCUUCAACUUUGCUUUUUUCGCGAUCUUCCGAUGACGAUCUAAGAAAUCCAGAAUCCGUCUUGGUCUCAAGUCUCUUUCCAUAUGUGCCGCCCUAUUUAUCAUUUUCGUCGAACACCAAAAAAGGACCCAGUGUCCCACCAGAGUUGCAUAGAAUCUUAAAGUGGCGUGUCACAAGCAUUAUGCCAAAAGUUGUUCGACUUAUAUUGGCCAAUAGUGGCAUGCGGAUGUUGAAAAAAACAAACGACUGGAUGGGCGUGUGGGGCAAGCAUUUGAAGUCGCCCUGCUUCAAAACAAUUCGCUCAUAUCAGAAAAUAAAUCACUUGCCUGGUUCUUUUCGUAUUGGACGUAAGGAUUCCUGCUGGAAGAACUUGCAAAGACAGAUGAGGAAACAUAGCAACAGGGAGUUUGGCUUUAUGCCACGCACCUAUGUUAUUCCCAAUGAUCUUUGCGCAUUGCGCAAACGUUGGCCAAAAUAUGCGCAACGUAAUACGAAGUGGAUAAUAAAGCCACCGGCGAGUGCACGUGGUGCUGGCAUUCGUGUGGUACAUCGUUGGGGUCAAAUACCCAAGCGACGACCACUCAUUGUACAGAAAUAUAUUGAACGUCCCCUACUUAUUAAUGGCAGUAAAUUCGACUUGCGCCUUUAUGUUCUCGUAACCUCAGUAAACCCUUUGAGAGUAUUCAUGUAUCACAACGGCUUGGCUCGCUUUGCUUCUGUCAAAUACAGUGCCAAAGCUGAUACCUUAAAUGAUCGCUGCAUGCAUUUAACCAACUAUAGUAUCAACAAAUUUUCAUCGAAUUACUCAAAAAAUGAAGAUGUGAAUGCAUGUCACGGGCAUAAAUGGACCAUCAAGUCGUUAUGGACGUAUUUGGCUAAUCGUGGUGUUCGCACAGAUGGCCUCUGGGAAGCUUUAAGAAGUCUAGUAUUGCGUACCAUUCUAGCUGGAGAGAAUGGCAUUAACAAUAUGAUAAGAGCUAAUGUUGAGUCCAAAUACAGUUGUUUUGAGCUAUUUGGCUUUGAUGUAAUAUUAGAUUCGGAUUUAGUACCUUGGCUACUAGAGGUGAAUAUAUCACCUAGCUUACAUUCCGAAUUACCACUAGAUGCCCACGUUAAGGCACCACUAGUCCAAGGUGUACUCAAUACUGCCCUUUAUAACAUACCACCAAAACUAAGCCAGGAAAAGCAAAGGGAGUUAGCCGCUGAAUUUUCAUUCCCAGCCGGCACACAAAUGUGCUACGAUAAACGUAUGUACAUCAACUAUUUGUCACGUGAAGAGAAAAACAAGCAUAACACUUUUACUCGGAAGAGCAUAGAGAAUAGAGAGGAGUAUAUCGAUGCGAUACUUGAUAAAUUGACGCCCGAUGAUGUACGUUGUCUAAUUAUAGCAGAGGACGAAUUGGCACGUUGUUCACCACUUGAACGCAUCUUUCCCACAGACCAGACCUAUAAGUAUCUUAAAUACAAUGACACUCCACGCUAUUACAAUCGUUUAUUAGAUGCGUGGGAGUCGCGAUAUGCUAAUAAUCGUACAGAAGGAAUUGCCCUACUGCGUGACUAUUGUCAAAUUAAAUAUCACUUGGAAGUUCCAGCUCCGCCUGCCAAAAAGGACUUGAACGUUAGCACCGUGGAGACCAUCAUUAAAAACGCGAUGGUCGAGCGCGAAGGAACACCGGAUGCGUAAGGUAGCUGGACUCCUACUAUUCUAUAGUUGCAAUCACACAAAAUUUUCAAACAUCUCUAGAGGAACAACUAAUCAGCAUUAAUAAGCAAACUGUUAAGAUUCACUUAUUGUUCAUCUUGCUAUACAAAAAGACUGAACACUUUAUGGGUCAUUAUACAUUUAUUGAGACCUGUAGAAGUAAUUUGUCAUCAUACAUCGAUGCCGGUCU